CGAGGACGUGUUUGGUGAAUCGUUCUUUUUCCGAUAAACCGGCCCAAAACUUCCAUGUGGACACGGAUAUUCAGCAUUUUCGCUUGUAAAAUCGGAUAAAAAGGUGCAUUUUCGCGGAAUAUAGUGUAAUCACCCAAGGGACGCUGAAAAUGGCUACGGAAAGGAAGGGAACCUUCAAGGUGGAAUACCUGCAGAAGAUCGAGCGGGAGAUGCAGGAACGAUGGGAUCGUGAAAAACUGCACGAAAACAAUGCAGCCGCUACUCCGAGGAAAAGUCCGGAUGAUAAAUUCUUGGUCACCUUCCCGUUCCCAUACAUGAACGGAAGACUCCAUCUGGGGCAUACGUUUUCACUGUCGAAAGCGGAAUUUGCCAUUCGAUUCCAGCGACUGAAGGGAAAGCAGGUUCUUUUUCCCUUUGGAUUUCACUGUACGGGAAUGCCCAUCAAGGCUUGUGCGGAUAAGCUGAAACGAGAGAUGGAAACGUUCGGUUGUCCUCCGGUGUUCCCGGCCGACCAGGAAGUGGAGGUCGUUGAGGAGAGAGACGUCGUUCCGAAGGAUAAGAGCAAGGGCAAGAAGAGUAAGGCUGUGGCCAAGGCGGGAGCGGCAAAGUACCAAUGGCAGAUUAUGCAAAGUCUGGGCUUAAAUGAUACGGAGAUUAAGAAGUUUGCCGAUACGGAUCACUGGCUCGACUACUUCCCGCCGUUGGCCAUUAAGGAUCUGAAGGCGAUUGGAUGUCAUAUCGAUUGGAGGAGAACGUUCAUCACUACGGACGCUAAUCCGUUCUUUGAUUCGUUCGUUCGCUGGCAGUUUAAUCAUCUGAAGGCGCGGGGAAAGAUUAUGUACGGAAAGAGGCAUAGCAUUUUCUCCCCGAAGGACGGACAACCUUGCAUGGAUCACGACCGAUCGUCCGGAGAAGGUGUCGGACCUCAGGAGUACACUUUGAUUAAGAUGAAGAUUACGGGAAAACUGCCAGCCAAGCUGGCAUCCGUCAAGGCACCUGUCUAUCUGGUUUGCGGAACCUUGAGACCGGAAACUAUGUAUGGCCAAACCAAUUGCUGGGUGCAUCCGGACAUUAAGUACAUCGCCUUUGAAACCAAUCGUAACGGAGAAGUAUGGAUUUGUACUCGACGCUCUGCUCGGAAUAUGGCCUACCAGGGAUUUACCGCAGUGGAAGGUCAAGUAAAAGAAAUCGCUGAGCUUACUGGUCAGGAAAUUAUAGGACUAGCACUGUCCGCUCCUCUGACUCCGAAUAAGGUCAUCUAUACACUCCCAAUGUUGUCGAUCAAGGAGGACAAAGGAACGGGCAUUGUCACUUCGGUGCCGUCGGAUUCCCCCGACGAUUAUGCCGCGCUGCUCGAUCUGCAGAAAAAGGCUGCCUUCAGGGAAAAGUACUCCAUUACCGACGAAAUGGUGUUGCCCUUUGAACCGAUUCCAAUCAUUGAAGUGCCUGGACUAGGAAAGUUGAGCGCUAUUUACGCCUACGAAAAGUUCAAGGUCCAAAGUCAGAACGAUCGUGACAAGCUGACAGAGGCUAAAGAACUGGUCUACCUGAAGGGCUUCUAUGACGGAGUGCUCCUCGUUGGUGAACAUGCAGGAAAAAAGGUUCAGGACGUGAAAAAGGAUCUUAAGGCAUACCUGGUCGAACGGAACGAAGCCGACGUGUACUACGAACCGGAGAAAACCAUCAUGUCACGUUCAGGAGACGUCUGCGUAGUGGCCCUAUGCAACCAGUGGUAUUUGAACUACGGUGAAGAGAGCUGGCAAAAGACGACGACGGAUCACCUCCGCACGAUGCAGGUCUAUCACGACGAAGUCGCCCGGAACUUCGAACACUGUCUGGACUGGCUGCACGAGUAUGCCUGUUCGCGAACUUACGGUCUGGGAACGAAACUACCCUGGGAUGACCAGUGGUUGAUUGAAUCGCUGUCGGAUUCGACGAUCUACAUGGCGUUCUAUACGGUGGUGCACCUGCUACAGGAUGGUUCGUUCCGUGGGGAGAAACCGAGUCCGCUGGGAAUUAAACCGGCCGAUAUGACGGCGCAAGUUUGGGACUAUAUCUUCUUCAAGGAGGCCAAAUUCCCCGCUAUGACCAAGAUCAAGAAGGAGCACCUGGAAAAGCUGAAGAAGGAGUUUAAUUAUUGGUACCCCGUAGAUCUGCGUGUCUCCGGCAAGGAUCUGAUCCAGAACCAUUUGACUUUCUUCCUGUACAACCACGUCGCCAUGUGGCCGAACGACCCAUCCAAGUGGCCCCGCGGUAUCCGCUGCAACGGUCAUCUGCUGCUGAACUCGGCUAAAAUGUCCAAAUCGGAUGGUAACUUCCUGACCCUGUACGAAGCGAUUUCCAAGUUCAGUGCCGACGGAACGCGACUCUGCCUGGCCGAUGCUGGUGACAGCAUUGAGGAUGCCAACUUUGUGGAAAGUAGUGCCGAUGCGGGAAUCCUGCGACUGUACACGUUCAUCGAAUGGGUGAAGGAGACUCUCGCUGCGAAGGCCAUGCUGCGAAAGGGACCGCAGAACGAUUUCAACGAUGCCGUUUUCAUGAGCGAAAUGAAUCUGAAGGUGAAGGAGACUGACGAUUUCUUCCAAAAGAUGCUGUACAAGGAAGCUCUGAGGACAGGAUUCUUCGAAUUCCAGUCAGCUCGUGACAAGUACAGGGAACUUUGUGGAUCGGAAGGAAUGCACGUGGACUUGGCGAUGGAGUUCAUUCGCCGUCAGGCUCUGCUGAUGGCUCCGAUUUGCCCACACGUUGCCGAACAUGUGUGGCAGCUGUUGGGUAACAAAACUAGCAUCCUAAAAGCGGCCUGGCCUCAGGUUGGCACUAUUGACGAAAAGAAAAUCAAAUGCUCUGCGUAUUUGAUGGAUGCCGCCCAUUCGUUCCGUGUCAAUUUGAAGAUUAUUUCACAGACUAAAACCAAGGGUGGCAAAACGGCACCUGCAGCAAUCAAACCCAGCGAGGGAACCAUUUGGGUAGCCAAAUCUUUCCCACCAUGGCAGAGCUGCGUGCUGGACACGAUGCGAGAAUUGUACGAGAAGAACAACACUCUUCCGGAUAAUAAGGUUAUUUCCGUAGAGCUGGGCAAAAAAGAAGUCUUGAAGAAGUUUAUGAAACGAGUAAUGCCGUUUGCUCAGAUGGUGCGGGAACGCGUCGAAUCGGCCGGUGGACCGGGAAAGAGCGCUAUGGACGUUACACUGGACUUUGACGAACGGGAAGUGCUGGAAAAGAACAUUGAAUAUUUGAAGAACACUCUGGAACUAGAAUCCCUACACAUUCGAUUCACCGACGAAGCGGAUGCACCGGAGAAGAUGAAGGAGGAAGUCCGACCGGGAGCUCCGUACGUCAUAUUUACGGUAAAACCUUUCGUCUCCGUGACGCUGGAAAAUCCGAUCGAACGAUCCGGACUGUUUACGGUGACUUUGAAUCUAAGUGAUGGUGACACCAGCACGAAGUUCCGGGAAAAACUUGCCAAGCAGAUUGAAUUCAAAGCUGACUUAUCGGCAUUGGAAAUUUUGCGAUUUGAAGAUCCCGUUAUGGGACCGAGAAGGCCACCGACCUUCCAAGACUACCGCGCUGGAAAGUUGAUCAUCGAAGAAGGAACGUUCAGAAUCGAUGAGGCUAAAAAGCAGCUGUUCCUUACCAACGGUACGAUUAAGAAUCUGAAUGUUGGAACCAGCUUCCUGUACGUUAUCAACUAACGUAAAACAACUUAUUGGAAGUGCGCAGUAGGAAUUUGGAACUAAUGAAUAUUAAAACUUAUCAAAUGACUAAAAAAUUAUCGU